AAGAUCGAAGCCAAUUUUAUUAUAAAUCUCCACAAAAAAGACGUUAAAAUCUUAAAACAAAUUAAAGAAUUUUUUGGUGGGGUCGGACGAGUAAGUAAAGAGAGAAACGGUUGUUGUGAUUAUACGGUAAGUUCUUUAGAUCAAAUUGCAUCCGUUAUUCUUCCUCAUUUUGAUAAAUACCCUUUAAUCACUCAAAAGCUUGCGGACUAUAUACUUUUAUAA